AUGCAGCAUGCAGUAACUCAAAAACAAUCCACAGGUCUUCAUGGUCUACAUCUUGUUAAUUCAAAUGCCUGGGAAAGGCAUCACGAACUUCCGAUAAAUGGCGUUCGAUCUGAACGUCAAAUGCAUCGAAUUAUGUCAAAAUUAGCCAAAUCGAAACAAUCAGCUGAUCGUAUUCAACAUCUUGUGUAUGAAAUAAAAAACUCUCCACAAGCAUUCAGCGGAGAUCAAGUUAUAGCUUUGGCAUCUUAUUUUUCUGGGACUGAAAUUGUGCUAACUUUACACCUGCUUGACAAUCAUUUGUUCGGUUUACGAUGUGAUCAGGCAGUAAAGUUACUACAAAUGAUUCCGGCUUCAGAAGAACGCCUCGAAGCUUUGCAAGUGAUUGACGAAAAUCUUCUUGAUCCAGUGAAUUGUUUUCAAUUGAGACAUUUAUUUCCUUCUAAUCUACUGCCACAAGUUGAUAAAAUUCUCGCUGAAGCUCGUGGUCAAUCACAUAUUUAUGGGUCAAUCAAUAGUUCUCGCGUUAUUUUUCUCAUUGAUACAAGCAGUUCAAUGAGCACAGAAUUUGAGACACGCUGUGGGCAAAAUUUCAAUCGCCUACAAUAUAUUGUUCAUGAUCUUCACAAACUUCUUCAUCAUCGUGUGCAAUCAAAUUUUAAAUUUAAUAUUAUUCAUUUCGAUACUCAUGUUCAUCGGUGGAAAGAGUGUUUAACUCUAGCAACACCGCAUCAUCUAAAACAAGCUGAACACUAUCUUGAUCAUUUAGAAGCUAAGGGACAAACUAAUACACAUGAUGCACUACAAGAGGCACUUUGUGACGAAGAAGCCGACACAAUCUACUUACUUUCCGGUGGCGAACCAUCUAUGGAUAUGAAUACAAUUUUGUCGGAUUUACAAGUAUGGCUACAACAACGACAACAUCCAUGUGUAAUACAUACAAUCGCAUUUUUAAUGGGACAUACAUCAGAUGAUCCAAAACCAAGAAAAUUCAUGGCAAAAAUUGCAGCAAUGACAGGUGGAGUAUUCAGAUGUAUGGAUCCUUGUACCCCAAUACAUCAAGAAUUUGGCGAUGACUUGUACAGUGAUGAUCCUGAUUUUAAUGAUGAUGAAUUUCUGGAUUUCUUCCAAGAAAGACUCAAAGAUGUUCCUGCGCAAUUAUUAGGAAAUGUUGGUCUUCAAACUCAACAACAAAAUUCAUCGUUAGCAGCGACUGUAAAACAUACUGCUCAUUAA